GACAGAGCGACGCUUCCGCGGGCAAAGCCGUGUUCUGUCUCGUCUUUCGUGUGUAUAGAAUAACUCACACGCAAAGGUGCGCGCGAGUGUCCAAGCAUAUACACAAGGACGUAGACUCGUACCUGUGGACAACGUGCGUGCACACGCGUGUACGAAAGCGAAAAAGCGAUCCGUGGUGGCGCAAGCGCAAAAGCAGAAGCUUUUUCGAGCGAGCCAGCCGGAGGAGAGACGGUGGUGCCGAUGAUCAGAUACAUCGGAUUCAGUGGCGGCAAGGGCGUACAGAGCAAGUCGAGUAACAGCUUCCCACCAGUCAGUCACUCACGAUCAGCUAGUCAGUCACGGCAGUCACGCGCCGACCGUGUCAGACGCACGCUGGUCUGUUGGUUCACGUGGAAAGAGGCCGGUGAACAGCGAGAUAUAAGCGGGUGAGGAAAGAAUUCAGUGCGAACGUCGCUAAUUGGAAAUCGUGCGACUGUAAUCGGACUUGCUGCAGGCGGUAUAUAAUACGGGCACGAUAUAUUGCCACGCAGGCGCGAUGCAACGUUUCAUGAACCUUGUCGAGAUUCGGUGUCGAUGAUUACAUUCGAUACGGAGAACCGGCGAAUGGAACGCAAGAGGCAACACGCGCGUAUAUUCUGAGCGAAUCUUAUCGGUGUCAAAGACGAUCGAGAACGAUCGCCGCCUUUAGUUUUACCGGUGGUCCUUGCGUAAAGUCGCGGUAAUCUGGGAUAAUCGUGGCCGUGUCAGAUGCGCAUACCGGCGUCGUUGCACCGCAAGGAAAGAGACGACAACGGAUACGGGGCUCAUAGGUUAAGAGAGUUAGUGAGGUGCGGAGGUGCGUGGAAGAGUGCGCCGGUUAAAACCGUGACAGAGGGAAGAAGAGAGAGAGAAGAGUGCCAAGCACGGUACGGCUCGCUCGCCUCGCUCUUUCGUGUCCCUCUCGUCUCGAAACUCGUCGCUCGUUGGUACCGCCUUAUAAAACGCGCGCACAGUAACACGGAACGUGCGACGACGACGACGACGAGAACGGGAAAGAAUAGCGGCGGGGGACAGACAGAGAGUUAGAGUCGUAUGAACUCUCCGUGCACUCGGUAAAACAGAGAAAUAAAUAGUGAUAGUGCAAAAAAGCGACGAACAGAGAAAAAGAGUGCGCGGCAAGGAAGAAGAAAGAAAGAGUAAGAUAAAUAGCAGAUCUCCGUGUGUGUGGAGCUGGUCGAAAGAAAGAAAGAGAGAAAGAAUAACGAACCUGCGUGUGUACCUUAGCCUAUUAAGCCGUCGGAUGCGCUCGUUCAACGUGUCUCGAACAGUGCACGAUACCUCGUCGCGUUAUCUGUAGUAAAUAUUGCGGCUAGCACACGGCCUCUGUGGGUCCGCCGCUGAUUGUUCUAAUCAUUAUCGCACACGUUCACGACCUGUGUACGCGUACUAUCGUCGUGUUCGUCGUUGCCGUCGACUUUUUCGUCAUCACAAACGUCGUUGUGGUAUCCGUUGUGUCACCAUAACGUUAUUGUUAUUGUUCACGAACGAUCUCUUUGUAUCGUCGGUGUGCCUUCGCGCGAUAGAGGUUCGAAAAAGAAUCGGGAAAGGUGGUGUGAGACAACACGCAGUGCAGUAGAGAGUGCAGAAAGUUUUGUGCAGUGAACGUUCGUUAAUAGACCAGUGCCACGGCUCCGAAGAAUAUCAGAGAAAGGGCACACGCGUGCAGAGGAGGGUAGAACGAGACAGACAGCUCGUGGAGCACGCGAAGUGAAAAAGAGAUAGAAAUAGAAAAUACGAGAAAGAGAAACGUACCGGUGAAAAAGAGACAAGGGAAAACGCGCUAUAUGCGUUGAAGCACCCGUGUCCGAGUGCCAACAACGAGACAGCGAAUUGGACAUACGCGAGUGCAAGCGUGACAUAUAGAGAGAAAGAGAGAGAAAGAGAAAGAGAGAGAGAGAGAGAGAGAGAGAAAGAGCGAGCGAGAGAGAGAGAUAGAGAGAGAGAGAGAUUCGAAAAGACAUCGCGAAACUUUUCGAAAAUUAGCGAAGAUGCAUUUUCACGGUAGUUUAUUAUCGAUUUUGCUUAUCGUCGUUUCUUGCCCUCUGACUGUUCGUGCACGCAGGGUCGCGCCCUUGAUCGAGGAGGACUGGGCUAGGAGACCUCAUCGCGCCGCCGAAUGUACGUUCGGCAAGCAGAUACGGGAACUGGGCACCACUUGGUUCGCGGAUUUGGGCCCGCCCUUCGGAGUCAUGUACUGCAUCAAAUGCGAAUGCAUUCCGGUGCAGAAGAAACGGCGAAUCGUUGCGAGGGUCCACUGCCGUAACAUCAAGAACGAAUGUCCAGAACUCACAUGCAAGGAGCCAGUUCUUCUUCCAGGUCGAUGCUGCAAAUCUUGUCCAGGAGAUUUCAGUAUUGACAUAGUGCAGGAUUUGCCAGCACAGUUGACUUCCGAGGAAGAAGAGCGAAGUCUAAAACAUUUUGGGACUCUCCUAACCGGUAAAACAUCCCAGGCAAUACGUCGCGAUGAACCUACUCCAACGUCGAUGUACAAUAGUGCCUACAACUAUCUUGCAACAGGCCGUUUCACUUUUCACCGCAAAAAUUUAUACUAUUCCUUCUACUUGUCAACAUCAACUCCUCGCCCGAAAAACAUACAAUUUGUUGAUGGAUCAGGAAGCAUUCUCGAAGAGCAGACAAUUGAUCCCAUUGGUGGGGUAUAUCAAAAUGCAACAGGGAAACUGUGCGGUGUAUGGAGGAGGGUUCCUCGAGAUUAUCGAAAGCUGCUCCGCGAGGAGCGCCUGCAUGUAUCUUUUAUAUGGGAACCGUCGGCCACCUUGACUGGACAGUUGUCCCGUUAUCGUGCUCUGCCCACGGAACAGUAUUCCUCCUUACUGGAACCCACAAUGGGUGUGGAUCGUUCAUUGAUGUCAGGUGCAGGUGCCACCGCUAUAGUCUCAGCAUCGUCAGCAUCAGCACCAUCUAUUCACGUGUCUCUGGUAUUCAACGGCGUCUUCUUGCCUAAUGAUGUUUCUGAAGUUCCCUUGAUAGUUCAGCUAGAACACAUGGAAAAGGAUUAUGUGGUUCUGCGAGAAGAAAUUAUAGUAAAGAAACCAUCAAACGAAUUAAAUUUCGGGGAAGUACGAAGCGCACUUUCUGGGGCGGAUCUUCGUUUGCUGACACGCGGAAAACUCUCUAUUAGUAUAAUGUCUAGAAAAGAUCCCCAGGCUCUUCGAUUGGCUGGCGUAGUGGGUCCACGUGUUAACUGUGAAAUGUAUCAGACAUUGCUUCUCUCAGAAACACCCUCGGCGGCUUCUGGGCUAGCUUGGGCAUUCUUGGACCGUGCUGGUUCAUUGCGUUAUGGCGUUCAGUUGCUUGGACUAGAAGAUGAAAGCCCUUUGGUAACUCUAGUAGACGAGGGAGGCAAACGCCGUACUGAAUUGGAAGACUUAACGCCUUCUUUGAUCGAUGGUCUAGCCAAUGGAUCCUUGGAACGUCCUGGACCGCGUUUUCUCGAACCUUUGUUCAACGGAGAACUCGCAGUCGUUGCUGCUUCACACGUUGGCUCCAUGUUACGCGGUAGACUGUUGCAAAGGCCAGUGGCUGACGCUAGAGACACUGCCGCACCUGUUCUGCUUAGAAGAUUGUCUCAGGAACCUGUACAGCCUGGUCCAGUUGGCCUUGUCUGGAUUGCUGUAGAUUUAGAUUGUUCUCUUCAUUACGAGCUUGAAAUUGCUGGUUUCCCGCAGAUGUCUUCCACAAAUAAUCAAGAACAACGUACCUUCCGACUUUAUUUAGAAACUAUGCCCUUAUUAGCUCAAGGAGCACCCGUAGCUAGAAGAUUAUUGGAAGAGUUUACUGGAUACGUAUUGGAAGGUUCCGUCACUGGACUUUCGCCAGUGGAACUGUACAGAAUUGAAUCUGGUAUUGGUUUCCUGGAAGUGACCGAUAAACAAGCUGAAAGGAUUCUGAAGGCUCCGUUUAAGGCCAGAGCACCGCUCAGUUGUCUUCCUCACUAUGCAGAUAACGACGUUGCCUCGGUAGUUGCGUAUAAUCUUCAGCCGCCUCGGUCGGAUAUUGAAACUGGUGCAUGUUUCCAUGAGACUAGAUUCUAUGAAGAAGGUACACAAUGGACUUCCAGCACAGAUCCGUGUUCCAUGUGCCAUUGUUAUCGUGGAUUAGCGCAGUGCGACCCAGUACCUUGUCCAGCUCUCACCUGUGCCCAAGGCAAGCAACUAAAGCCAGCUUCUGGUCACUGUUGUCCCAUUUGUUCAGGUCCUGGGAUCAACAUGAAUGGGACGGGGAAAGAUAUCACUCCGGUGACGAGAGGCUGUACACUGGCUGGCCAGUUCCAUCUCCCAGGAGCAUCAUGGCAUCCCUAUUUACCCCCAGUAGGAUUCGAUACUUGCGCCGUUUGCACUUGUGACCUCGUCACGCUGGAGGUGAAGUGUCCACGGGUGCAGUGUCCGCCAUUGGACUGCGACGAGAAGAUCGCCUUCAGACCCAGCAAGAAGGCUUGUUGCAGACAAUGUCCGGCGACGACGCCCAGCACGGCAAAUGUGGGAGUUGGGGGCGACACAACGCGUUUACCACGGGACCAGGCGGCGCCAUCCACCAGGCGCACUGCUGAGGAGAUAUUGGCUUCCGGUGGCUGCAAAUAUCCCCUUGGUGGUCCCUAUGAGAACGGGAUGGAGUGGCAUCCACGAGUCCACUCGCACGGAGAAAUGAAGUGUGUGAAGUGCAGAUGCAAGAAUGGCGAGGUCAGGUGCGACAGGAAACGGUGUCCACGAGCGCUCUGCAACACGAUCGCGCACCAAAUGAAACGUGGCGAGUACGUGGCAGAUGGCGAUGACUGUUGCACGGUCCAGUGUCGCCGGGCGAGGCGUCAUCAUCGCAACAAUCAUCAUGCAGCCCGACAUUCCGUGACGCCACGCGAACUCAGCUGAGUAGAUCCAACCGCUGCUACAAAGCUUUCUUCGAACAGUGUUCUGGUCCAUGGAAGCAUUUCUGGGCCUUGUUUCUCUUUGUAGUCAUCGGAUUCAUAAUUAGCCAUGCUGUAGUCGUUAUCAUCACUACUUUUAAUUCCAAAGCGACUCCAGAGCGACCGUGGAGCUAUCAAGUGACGGGAGUAAAUUGAUAUCGCAGCAUCCUAGAUUCAAAAGGAAAAGCUCAUGUCAAGGAUUUUAUAAGUGGUUCUUGGAACCUGCAGCAUCAUUAGUAGAUAGGUUUAGAGAUACGUUCAAAAUAUUGGCCUUCUUUUUUAGGAUUUGUGAACGACGUAAAAUUACAUGGAAGCAACGUUAUUAGGUUAAGAGCAGUAGGUGAGACGAUCUGAGAUUCGAUUUACAUGGAUGGACAGGAUUAAACGAGGCCAGGACAGACGAAAUAAAAAGAACAUAGAAGCACCUCGGUGGGUAUGUUGAAGUUGGUCAAUUUGGUUGGUUAUAGAUAAAUUGUGUGCAAACUGCAUUAUUCCUCCGUAUGGUAACAAAUAACAUUUCUACAGAAAUUAUAUUGAAUACUCGUGUUAAAGAGAUAUUCUAUGAGAGAGGGGGAGAGAGAGGGGGGGAGAGAGAGAGAGAGAG